GCGGUCCGUCGCCUCUUCGAGGCUCUUCGAGACUGUCUCCCGCAACUGACUGAAAUAGUUGCUCUGUGAACAGUGUGAUAUCACGAGCCAGUGGAGGUUGUCAUGUUGGACCCGCCCCACGAUCGGCGCCUGUCUGGUUCUUCGAGUUCUAGAAUCCGACUUAAACUGACUCUAUAACCUUGAUCGUGCCAUAGGUCUCUGCACUUCUCCCAUCUCAGCUCCCCACUCUCACUUCUCUAUCUAUGGUACUGCUCUAAAUCUAUGUUUGAACGCAUAUGCAGCUCCGAGGCGCAUUCUUCUCCGAUGAGAUGUCAAAGGCAGCACUUCUUUCCACUGAAUAUCCGCUUCGACGUCUAAAUGGUUCCACUUCGGUCGGGGUCAAGAGGCUGAACCUCAGCCUUCGAGUCGGAGAAGACAUCUAUUCGCGGUCUGCAGUCUGAUUGUCUCUCUCGUGGAGAUCCACAGUCAACUCGUCGCGUAGUUUUUCCUUACUGGGGUCACAAGCAGCACUCAUACUACGCGCAAACUGCAUCGGAACGGGCGGCUGAAGCUGUCUCGAACUGGUUUCUGGCACGAGGCCAUCGGUCAGGCCGCACAAUCUUAGUCUUCUUCUCCUUCUCCCAAGUGGCUCUAGAUUAUGUGUAACCUUUUCUGGUACCUGUAUAAGUGGGCCAGCGAUUCUCGAAUCCACCGAGACCCCACUCCACCAACCAUGGACACCCCUUCCACUCCAGUGUCGGUUUCUUCGUCGCGCUCGCGCUCAACCUCGAGCUCGCCCUCGACGUAUGGCGGAGAGGACACUUCCUUCACCUCACUCGAUCAAUCCACUGCACCUUCUACGGUCGAAUCUUGCUGCUCAGACCCAGGCUCUCCUCGUAUUCUGACCGAAGAAAUCAUCGCUCGUGGCUCUGAUGAGCUGAAAAUGCUGGAGGGUGCUCGCAUGCAGGCUACGUCUGAGGAACCAGAAGACCUUGCACAGCACAAGGAGAGAAUUGCCGUGAAUGCCUGCGCUCGACAGAACCGCUACUGGUUCUCCAAGAUGAAGGCCGUGUUUAAAGAGAUUGACGACCAAACCGCUUGCAUCCCUCGCAAGGACCCGUUCCGUUUCUUGGAUCUGGGGUGCUGUCCAGGAGGCUUUUCAUCGUACAUCCUAAACAAGAAUCCCUUUGCGCAAGGCCUCGGAAUCUCCUCGGAAAACGAGACCGGCGGACAUCCCUUCCUUGUCGAAAAAAGGCACCAGGCUCGGUUCAAGGUCCACUACGCCGACCUGACAUACUAUCGUCUCGGUCCGCUGCCUGCAUCCGUGGUUCGGGGGAGCACCAAGUCGCUCAGGGCGCUUCCAUUCGACUGCAAUAAGCGUUUCGACGUCGUGCUCCUGGACGGGAAGCAAAUCCACAGGGACCCCAAAUCCAACAUCUCCGACCGUUUCUUCGUGUCGGAGCUGAUCAUCGGCCUCCAGGCAAUCAAGAAGGGCGGAACGCUCGUUGUUCGGCUCAUCGACCCGGAAUCGGUCGAGACAGCCAAACUGCUGCACAUGUUUGACCUGCUUGCCUCUAGCUUAGACACGUUCAAGCCUCGCACGAUGCAUGUCGCCCGCAGCACGUUUUACGCCGUGAUCAAAGGCGUGGGGGAGGGCCCGAAGGGCGGCAGUCUUCCUCAUUUCAUCAACAAGCUCAAGGAGCUUUGGGUUGAUUUGUCAUUGGGAGGCACGGAGGGUGCCGGCCGAUCUCUCUGCCACGAGGACCUGGAUUUUAUCAUCAGCAUCGAUGAGCUCAAGGCAACCAAAAACUUGGAUCGCCUCAUCAAGCUCAGCAGAGCCGUGUGGGAAGUCCAGGCGAAAGCGCUCAUGGGCCAGCCAGAACCAGAGAAGCCGAGCUCGUUCGACGAACUGCUUGCUCGUCCUCCGGGUAUCUUUGUCAAUUAG